AUGGCAUCUUCAAGUGGUGCUGGAAGUGGAAAUGAAAGAAAACUAAUUCGUGUUCCGUCGACUGAUGCACAUGCGAGAUUUAAUCUUUCACCUGUUCCAAGUGUUGAAGAUGAUGAAAUUGAGAGUAUCAAUCGUCGAAAUUAUCCUGAAACUGAUCAGGAUGAUAGUGGAGAAGAAGUGGAUCUUACAGGUGGUGCAUAUGAUAGUACAACUACUGUGACUAUGUUCGAUCAUAAUCAUGAUGUGACAAGUUCACUUCGUGUACAAGGACAUGGUGGUUUAGUCACUGACGUUGCUUAUGUUGUUCAUAAACAUUAUGAAAACUUCCAAACUAUUGAUUGGUUAAAAGAUUUGAUGCGUAGUCGUAUUCGUCAUCGAAAUUUACGUUCACAACGAAGAAAAAGUUGGAGACAACGAUUCACAUUUUUAUUUGAUACAUGGAGUGGAUGGAUAUGUGUUCUUUUAGUUGGCAUAUUAGCCGGUUUUGUCGCUGGUUUCGUAGAUAUUGGUGCUAAAUGGAUGAGCCAUUGGAGAUCCGGUGUUUGUACACCAGCAUUCUGGCUCAAUCGAGAACAAUGCUGUUGGGCUUCAUCAAAAGUCGAAUUCGAUGAUGUUCAUAACGAAAUAUGUGAUAAUUGGAAAUCAUGGUCACACAUAUUCGGUUUUACAGAAACAGCAGUUGCUGCGUGGUUUUUUCGUUAUUUUAUGUUUAUAUUUUGGUCUGUAAUAUAUUCUACUUUUAUUGUUAUACUUGUCGUUGGUUCUGCUCCGUAUGCAAGUGGAUCAGGUAUACCGGAGAUUAAAACAAUUCUGUCGGGUUUUAUUAUGUAUGGUUACUUGGGUAAAUGGACUUUUUUGAUAAAAAGUAUCGGAAUGAUUUUUGCGACAAGUGCUGGUCUUAUUGUUGGUAAAGAAGGUCCAUUUGUACAUAUUUCUUGUUGUUGUGGAAAUAUCUUUUCAAAACUUUUCCCAAAAUAUGGCAAUAACGAAGCACGAAAACGUGAAAUCUUAUCAGCAGCUGCAGCUACUGGUGUUUCAGUUGCUUUCGGUGCACCUAUCGGUGGUAUUCUAUUUAGUUUAGAAGAAAUUAGUUAUUAUUUUCCAUACAAAACUCUUUGGCGAACAUUUCUUUGCUGUAUGGUCGGUGCACUCGUAGUUCGAAUAAUAAAUCCAUAUGGAAACGGACAUGAAAUUCAAUUUCCUGUUGAAUAUAAUGUUCCAUGGGCAACAUUUGAAGUUAUUCCAUUUAUUGGUCUUGGCGCAUUGGGAGGUUUAUGGGGAACAUUAUUUAUCAAGACAAAUAUUCGUUGGUUAAAAUAUAAGAAAACUAGUCGAAUCGGAAGAUAUCCACGUGCCGAAGUGAUCAUUUUGACGUUAAUCACUGCUUUUAUCUGUUAUCCAAAUCAGUAUUUAAGAUUAACAAUGCCUGAACUCAUUCGCCGUCUUGUUGGACAAUGUCAUAUCGAUGAUCAUAUGGAUUUAUGUGAUUAUGUUCGAGAUAAGCCCAUUGGAACUGCGACAGCAAAACUCUAUGCUGCUGAAGCAGGUCCUGGUCUGCAUCGUGCUAUUUGGCAACUAUUUUGGGCAUUGAUUGUACAAAUGACACUCGUUAUAUUUACUAUUGGUAUAAAAGUUCCAUCGGGUUUAAUCGUACCGAGUAUAUCGAUAGGAGCAAUUGCUGGCCGUCUGAUUGGAAUUAUAACAGAACAAAUCGCAUUUCAAAAUCAGAAUAUAGCUCUUCUUCGACGUGAAUGCGGAGUAUCAAAUGAACAUUGUGUUACACCUGGACUCUAUGCGGUCGUCGGUGCAUGUGCUUUUCUAGGUGGAGUCAGUCGAAUGACUGUUUCUCUUGUUGUCAUUAUGAGUGAAGUAACAGGUGGUUUAUCUUAUAUUGUUCCAUUGAUGAUUACAGCUCUAACAGCAAAAUGGGUUGGUGAUGCAUUCGGAGAAGGAAUUUAUGAGGAAAACGUUAAAUUAAGUGGUUAUCCAUUCUUAGAAAAUCGUGAAAGUUUUCGUUUUUCUCUCAAAGCUGGUGAAGCAAUACGUGCGAAUCGUUCCGGCGAGAAUCCUCCUUUAGCAUGUAUUUAUCAAGAUGGUAUGACCAUUGCUCAAAUCGAUGCAUUAGUUCGUCAUCAACCUCAUUCAGUCUAUCCAGUUGUUAUUAGUGCAGAUUUUCCUUGUAUUGUCGGUCAAGUGCAACGAAGAGAUCUUUUAGUUGUACUCAAAUCACGAAAGAUACAAUUGGAAUAUGAAAAACCAAAGUCUGGAUCGUUGAAUCGAAAAAUGUCAGUCGUUUCAAUGUCGAAUUUGUUGAAUAAAUCUGGUCAAGCAGCGUCACUUGGACGACGACGGGCGUCCAUUGCUUUGCAAGCAUCAAAAAUCUUACAAUUACAUAAAUUAGUUGAUCGAGCACCAAUUAUCGUUACAGAUCAAACACCAAUGGAAGCAGUUGUCGAUAUGUUUAGAAAAUUGGGAUGUCGACAAAUCUUUGUCACUAAGAAUGGUCGUUUGCAAGGUAUUUUAACUCGAAAAGAUAUUAUUCGAUUGAUGCAUGACGCAAAUGUAUCGGGUAAAUUUGAUGAUUAA